AUGGAACCGUCACAAAGACGUCACCUAGCUCACGACCAAAGCUCCCCAAAACACAUUCCAUUCGACCUAACUUUUGAGAUAUUCACGAGACUUCCGGCUAAAUCCAUCAUCCGGUUCCAAUCAGUAUCCAAGCUCUGGUACUCUAUCAUCCACAGCAAAGAUUUCUACAACUCCUUCCUGAUUCACUCAAAGACUCGACCACGCCUCCUUUUCACCUUCGAGAACUUCGAUUCCCGUAAGCGCUUCAUCUUCUCAGCUCCUGAGCACGACAUCGAACAAAACUCAUCCACAGCCAGACACGACAUGACAAUCUCAGAUCUCGUCUACUACAUCAAAUCUCGCCCUGUGAACGGCUUAAUAUGUUGCACACGUGAUUCAUCGAUAGCAGUUUGUAAUCCAACCACAAGACAAAUCUUGAAACUGCCUGAUGUUACACUCAACGGAAAAGCCAUGCACGCACGUCUAGGGUACGAUCCUGUCCAAGACCAAUACAAAGUCUUGUGUGUGAUGAUGCAUAAGGUGUACACCAAUACAAGAAACACUUACGAGCCAGAGUGUUUCGUUUUCACAUUGGGAUGUCAACAACAAGAGUGGAGAAAGAUUGAGGUCAUCGGAGAUGAUCCUUACAGUGGUUUUCACGAUGGGAUUUGCAUCAAUGGUGCUAUAUACUUUGUAACUAAACAUAAAAUAGCUAGGUUUGAUGUUAGAUCCGAGAAGGUGGAGUUUAUUAACGCACCCCAAGAAGAUAUGUUCAACGAAGAGGAUACCAAGAAAGUAGUCAUUUAUUAUUCCUCAACCAAGAUCACAACCAUAAACACUUUCUGUUGGACACUUGUAAACCACCAAGGUAAGUUAGGAGGAAUAGAUCGUUGGGCCUUCCGUCUUUUGCGUUUGUGGUUACAAGAAGAUGAAUCAUGGAACAUGAUGAAAAGCAAUGUUCCUACAGAGUGGGUAAAAUUAUUCAGAGCCAAAAAACCGAAUUCUCCGGGAGAGAUUCAUACAGGAGAAUUUAUAUGGGUAUCUGAUAGGUUAGAUCCAUCUAAGCCUUUCAAUGUUUUCUAUUACUAUAUUAUCAGAGAGAGUUUCAGAAGUGCACAAGUGGAAGGUAUUGAGGAUCGUGGUAUCCAAGGUAUUCGUAAGCAUAAUCCUUAUAUGUUGUGUUUUCCAGGUCACAUUGAGAAUAUCAUGUUCUUGUACUGA